UGUCGGAUUCAGAUAUUAAUAAUACUCAACAAGAAUGUGACUUAAAUGAUAUGGAAAAUAUUCUUUCUCAAGAAUUCGUUGAUCGUAUUUUAGAACUUUUUGACAAUGCACCGACUACAGAACGAACCAUAACAUCGUACUGUUCAUUUUUUAGACGAUGUUUUGACAUUAUUCCAUUCGAAUCACCCGUACGUAUUCACCUUUAUGAAAUAAUUUUUGGUCAAGAACCACAUGCGCUUUUUGGUUCUGUUUUAUCUCGAGUUUUACUUUCUGAGGAGGAAUAUCAACCAGGAAUUUUUAUUAAGCUAAUUCAAAACGGAAAAGCAAACUUAAAUCGUUCUGUGCGUUUAAACACCAUAAAUACUUCUCUUGGGAAAUGCGGCGUUGAUUCGCCUAUCAUGGCCUUAUGCUGUGAUGUAUUACAAAAUGAUUUUUUUGCCAAAUGGAACAUUGAAGAUUUGAUGAAUAGUUAUAGAGAUGCGAUUAACGUUUUAUGUAGUCAAAAUUUCGAACUUUUAUCAUUGGUUUUGGCUGUUGCUUUACUCAAAGAAUUUGUAAAUUAUCUUUGGAAUUCAUUAGAAUCAGUCCAAAAUUCAGAAACAGAAUUUAUGAAGUUUAGCGACAAAAUAUCAAAUAUUGAUGAAAUGAUUGACAACAUUAAUCAAGAUAUGGAGC